GGAACACAAUAACACAGAGUCAGGAUGAAAAUGAAACCACUCUUCACACCUGAACAUCAGCAGGACACCACAUCACACAACGACUCACCGCAAACACUGACAUGGCCAGCAGGAAACACGCCUUGUUUUAUCAAGCUGCAACCUCUGAGACUAUAGCGAUCACCACCACCACCUCAGGCCCAGACACUGGGGAGUCGGACCAAAGAGAGACAAGAUACACGAAUGAGGCCAAUAGAGAAGUACCUGAACCAUCGAGUGCUCCAAAUCCACCAUCCACUCAUAUGGAGUCACCGACACAAGGAGAGAUGAGGAUUGUUCUGGUGGGAAAGACUGGAGUGGGGAAGAGUGCUUCAGGAAACACCAUCCUGGGGAGGGAAGAGUUUGAAUCAGAGAUCAACCCUUCCUCUGUGACAGCACAAUGUUUGAAGAAGAGAGGGAUCGUGGAUGGGAGAGAGCUCUACGUGAUCGAUACUCCAGGCCUGUUUGACACAAACUACAGUAAAGCUGAAAUCAUAACAGAGAUUGCAAAGUGCAUCAGUCUGGCCUCUCCUGGACCCCACGUCUUUCUGGUGACCAUCCAGCUGGGCAGGUUCACGCAGGAGGAACAAGAGACAGUCAGGUUGAUUCAGAAGAUCUUUGGGAGGGAAUCAGGCAAGUACACAAUGAUACUCUUCACUCAUGGAGACAGAUUGAAGAGAAAGAAGAUCGAGGAAUUUAUAAGUAAAAGUAAAGAACUUGCCGACUUCACUGACCAGUGCCGUGGGCGAUAUCAUGUCUUCAACAACUACGAGGACCCAGACAAUCACGCUCAAGUCACACAGCUGCUGCAGAAGAUUGAUAACAUGGUGACAAUGAAUGGUGGAGGCUACUAUACCACUGAGAUGUUCCAGUACGUUGAAGCAGAGAUCGAGCGAGAGAAGGAGAAGAUUCUGCAAGAGAUCAGAGAGAGAGCUAGGGCAGAGCUGGAGAGACAGCUUAAAGACAAGGCAAAAGUGGAGCAAGCUUUAGAAGAACUGACAAAAGAGAAUGAGAAAAUGGCCAGAGAGAAAGCUGAGCUGAACAAUGCGUUCAUCCGUAAAUGCUCGGCUACUGGGGCCGGUGUUGGUGCAAUAGCUGGUGGAAUAGUGGGCGGAUUAAUCGGGAUCAUAGGAGGACCAGUAGGUAUCAUAGCAGGAAUAGCCCUCGGAUCAGCGGGAGGAGCAGGAAUUGGGGCUGGAAUUGGAGCAGGAGCUGGAGCAGCCACUAAAUGCACCAUACAGUGACGGGACAAUUAACAUCUCUUACACUUACCCUUUCAUUCACCUUUUAAUGUGCAUUUCUGUUCAUGUGUAUUUCUUUGAAUGUUUAUUUCUUUUAAUGUGUAUAUUUUGUUCUGUGUAUUUCUUUUAAUGUGUAUUUCUGUUAAUGUGUAUUCCUUUGAAAGUCUAUUUCUUUUAAUGUGUAUUUUUUGUUUUGUGUAUUUCUUUUAAUGAGUAUUUCUUGGUUUGGAACCCUGUUGUGUUUAAUGUCCUAAUUCCUCUACACUGAUUGGCCAUCAUCAUGUUCAUAUUCAUCAUUAUUUAUUUGUUUCUUACUUCCAAGCAUUUUAUCCAUGCUUUCUCAUCUUUGUGUCCCAUCUUAGCCACGUGUAUUCUUACCAUAUACUAAACUACUACUGUCAUUAAAGUAAGUAGUUUAAGUAGUUAAAAAGUAGUUUACUAUCUUUAUAGCCAUUCAGAUCAAUGCCAUAUUAUUUUGAAUUACUUCUAUAUGCACUAAUUACACUUCUCGUGCUUCAUAUGAUGCUAGCUGUAAAACAUGUAGUGAUGUGUUCUAUUUCAUUACUCUUUACAUUUAACAACAGAAAUGAUCAUGUACCUAAACAAAUUAGCAUUAUCAUCUACAUACUUAAGACUCUUGUAAUGAAAAUCCAGGAUCCACAUGCAUUUAUGAUAUUAACAAGCAACACAUAGUCAGGCUCCGGCAGGAUUUGGCCAUUUUGAUGUGCUAAAUUAUGAUAUAGGUUUUGGAGUAGGAGUCUGAUUAAUGGUUUUGAAUGAUAUUUUAUGUUUUUUUAUGCUUGAGGUGACAUAAAUGGGACAUAUUAUAUAACAAUACGUAUUUGAUAUGUGAGCAACACCAGAUCAUAUUUGUUUGAAAUGUUUACUUAGAAACACAAAAUUAUAUGCAGUACAUAUUGUAGCAUGGUCAAAAAUCUGUGUUGCUACGAACGUCUCUGACUUCAAACUAACCUCUUUAUUACGUCCACUGUGUUAAAGCUAUAUUAUCCCCUCUGCUGGAGAAGUUGUGCUUGCUAUUUCUUAUUAGCUGUGGGAAAACGAUAAAGCACAUGGAUUUGUUUACAAGCUAGUGAAACAGUUAGCAUAAGUUCAGCAGGACAAUGUGGAUGUUACAAGAUGAGAAACAUGAUUUAAAACGAGUUUCCUGUUUCUUACUUCUCUAUACCGGUAAGUCCCAAUGUUGCAAGGUUGAUUUUCUGCUUAGUGAGGCUAGGGCUACUGAAAUGUUUCCAACAAAACGAUUAUUUUAAAUGAACUGGUCCCUAAUUGGCUUACACUAAUGUGUGAUAUAGAACAAGAAAAUGUGAUCUUAAUUCCUAUAGCAUUUGUUCCCUAAAUAGGACACAAGAUUCAGUAAGUUAUUCAUUAGGAAUAUCCAGGCAUUUGGCUGGAUUACAAACUAUCAUUUAAAACAUACUUGUUUGAGCUUAAAAAGAAGCUGAAAACUAAAUUGGGUGUACUAUUACAGGAUCAGUCCUUGCUUCUUAUGUGAGAGUUACGGAGGCUCACGUGCUCACUGCAGCAAGUGUGUCUUUUUGCCAGGUCAGAGAGAAAGAGCAUGAGGGAGUAAGGGUUUAUGGGGGAGGGGUAUAUGGUGGGUAUGGGCAGGCGCGUAGGAACGUAGUAAGCAUUGGGGGGAACAAGAAUGAGGUCCGUUGACCUUCGUCGAAAUUUUUUUAUAUUAAUAAAUAAAGGGGGCGAAUUAUAAGUCACAUAAGAGAUAAAAAACCUAUUGCUGAAGUUUUAAUGGCCCUCUGUAAGAUGCCGCUUUGAAAAUAUGUAUUUCAGUCUUUUUCUUAACCUAUUUUUGGAACUGGGAAGAACAUCUGCACAUAGGCUAUGCAGAACACAUUUCUUCCCUGAAAACGCACACAGCUAAUCUUUAGAACAACUUAAACUGACUCCCCCAAUGCUUCCCUUUACAUGGUUGCAUAAACGUUGCUUAAAUGAAAAUAUGUUUCUUCUUCUUGACUUUUCAUAUGCCAUCUAAGUAAAUUUUAUGUCAGCUGACAGAUGGAUGCGCGUUUUGGGCACAAUGAAUGGGUUUGCCCUUAGUUUAAAUGGAGAGCAGGGAGAGCGCGCUGUGGCUAUUGUUACCUGUAUGCAGCCAGCUCAACAAAGUAACGUGGUUAGAAGAUUCCUGUAUGCUGCAUUGCCGUGACCAUUUCCUUGUGGAUUUUUCUCAUUGAAAUACAGCUAACGAACGCGAAAGCUGAGAUUGCCUUGCGCAUCAGUGUUGGAACGAUACUCAACAAACUGUGAGAUAAACAUUGUUUUUCGUGUCUGGGAGAUCUCGUUGUCGUUUUUGACUGUCGGCUUCUUAUGUUUAUUGUUUGGACGUAUGGACACUGAACUUUGAGGGGGUGUUUGUUUGUGCAUUAUGAAGCUUUGUGUUAAUUAGUAUGUGUCGGGCCUUCACCUCAGCGCGUAAGUUGCGCACUAGGUGGCCACGAACGAACUCAUUGCUUAAUUUGUGACAAAAUACAGUGAGUAGCCUAUUCAUCUUUCAUUUGUGUUUUUUUCAUUUGUUAUAGCCUAUUAUUGCAUGUUUGACGUAGUUUGUAAACAGGCAUUCUGCCCGUUUAUCUUAAAUCAACCGAGGCCUUCGGUUGCUCAUAUCCUCCCGUAACCUUAUGUACAUCGUGACAGUGUGUAGAUUAUAAUAAGAGGCAAAUUGUUACACAUUUAAUUUAAAAGCAUAGCCUAUAAUAGGAUGAACAAAGUAUGGACUUGCUAAAUCCAGGUAACCAGAUAAUUAGGCUAUGUGCCACGUCAAGUGAUAAGCUUACAUUUAAAAGCGACAGCCGUAAGACUAACUUAUUUAAGCUAUCGUAGACUACUGUAUUCACCCACAAUAGGCUAUCCUCUUAACUAUUUCGAAAAGAAUGAAAGAAGGCCGUAAACUAAAUAUUUGGACUGAGAGAGUAGCCUACAUUAGCUUUCAGACACUCAAGGUGAGGAAGUGCUCCAUGCUGCAUUAUUGAGACGGGCUUCGUUUCGGGAAACAUUCUUAAAACACAAUGUGAAAGACCUCCGAUGCGCACCGAUAGCUAUAGUUAUGGGGCCAUAACUCAGGAGGAUAUAAUUGAGCUAAGUAAUCAACAACAUCUGUACUUUGCAGCGUUUUUCUUUCGGGAGGGGGUCCAACAUUGGGGGUGUCCCGACCCCCCCGACCCCCGUGGUUCCUACGCGCCUGGGUAUGGGUAUGAGGGAAUAA